AUGUUGCAGGUGGAAAACGUCAACCAUGGGAAUCUCCAUUCCUACCAGGGUCAUCGUGGGAUGGCCAACAACAAGCCCAAUGUCAUCCUUCAGAUAGGGAAGUGCAGGGCUGACAUGUUAGACCACGUGAGGAGAACCCACCGACACCUCUUGACCGAGGUGUCCAAGCAAGUGGAGAGGGAGCUGAAAAGCCUACAGAAAUCGGUGGGGAAACUGGAGAACAAUCUAGAAGACCACGUUCCUUCAGCCGCGGAGAACCAGAGGUGGAAAAAGUCCAUCAAGUCUUGCCUGGCUAGAUGCCAGGAGACCAUUGCUCACCUGGAGAGGUGGGUCAAGAGGGAGAUUAAUGUCUGGAAGGAAGUCUUUUUCCGCUUGGAGAAAUGGGCAGACCGGUUGGAAUCUGGUGGGGGAAAGUACUCCCAUGGGGACCAGGGCAGGCAAAUGGUCUCGGUGGGAGUAGGGACCCCGGAAAUCCAACCCAGCAAAGAGGAGAUUUAUGAUUAUGCCUUAGACAUGAGUCAGAUGUACGCCCUGACCUCUCCUCCUAUUGGGGAAGACCCUAGUGUGCCCCAGCCCCAUGACUCCUAUCAGUGGAUCACUGUUUCAGAUGAUGCCCCAAGCUCUCCGGUGGAGACCCAGAUCUUUGAGGAUCCCAGGGAAUUCCUGACUCAUCUGGAGGAUUAUCUGAAGCAGGUGGGCGGGACGGAGGACUAUUGGCUCUCCCAGAUCCAGAACCACAUGAAUGGCCCUGCUAAAAAGUGGUGGGAAUACAAGCAGGACUCGGUCAAGAACUGGCUGGAGUUUAAGAAAGAGUUCCUUCAAUACAGCGAGGGCACCUUGACCAGGGAUGCCAUCAAACAGGAGCUGGAUCUCCCCCAGAAGGACGGGGAGCCCCUUGACCAGUUCCUUUGGCGCAAGCGGGACUUGUACCAGACCCUCUACAUAGAUGCUGAGGAAGAGGACGUCAUCCAGUAUGUCGUAGGGACCCUCCAGCCCAAACUCAAGCGUUUCCUCAGCCACCCCUACCCCAAAACCUUAGAGCAGCUGAUCCAACGGGGCAAGGAAGUUGAGGGCAGCCUAGAUAAUUCUGAGGAGCCCAGUCCCCAGAGGUCCCCCAAACUCCAGCUAGGAGGAUCGGUGGAGAGUCUGCCUCCUUCUUCUAUGGCUAGCCCCGUUGCUAGCGACGCAACUCAUGCAGAUGUUUCUGCCCCACCAGUCACAGUGAUCUGA